AUGGCCAAAACUGUUUCAGAUCCCAUAGAAAUUCAAACCUGGCCACAGCAAAGUGUUGGAAGUCAUACCAACUGUGCCAGUGUGCUGAAUUCCGCGCCCUCAGGUGUGAGGCGUUCUCGGCCGAGGCGCGUCCGGCGCGGGCUCAGCGUCCCGGCCACGGCAACGCAGCCGCUGCCGGGCUCCCGGCGCUGGGCCAGGCACGGCGGCCGGGAUUGGGCUCCCGCCGGUUUCCAGCGGCUGGGAUGGGGCGGUGGAGCCCGGGAAGCGGCGGUGCUGAGCUGGGCCGGGUCCCGCUGCGGAGCGCCGGGAGCGGCCGAGCGCGGGGCCUCGGGGCGGCGGCUGAGGCGCUCCCAGCGCCCGCGGGCACCGGGCUGUCGGAGCGGACUUUCUGAGCUGAAAGCACCGAGGUUCCAAUUACACCUGCGACUCCGCCGCCGCUUCUGGGCUGUCCCCAUGGCUGGGCUGGCUACAAUGGGGUCUGCUACUACUUCUCAAGGGAUUACGGCACCUGGGAGCAGGGUCAGGAACGGUGCUCCCAGCUCAAUGCCUCCCUGGCCAUUGCCAAGGAUGAGGAGGCCAUGGAUUUGCUCUUCCACCACUGCGGGAGCGGCGAUUUCUGGCUCGGGCAACAGCCUGAGAGUGUGCAGCAGGGGGACGGCAGCAGCUCCAGCUCCCGGUGAGUGCCGGGGAGCCGGGCAGGGCCAGGGGGGACAGGGACACAAGGUGUUCCCCUGGCAACCAGCGCUGGCUCUGCUCCUGCCUGCAGGGCUCCUGUCCUCGGCAAUUCCCAGUGUGUGUACCUGGCUGACGGGAGAUUGAGGAGUGAGAACUGCUCGAGUGAGCGGCCGUAUCUCUGCAGCAAGGCCCGAGCUCCCCUGUAACAGGGGCUGCAGAAAGGACCUUCUCCACGCUGGGCAGUGCCAGCUUCACCUCUGAGCCCAGCACUGGGCUGCCCUUCCUCAGCUGCACCCUGUGCCUUGCACCUCAGUGCCUUUUCAUCCCCAGUGCCAGCGCUGGGCUGGGGGUGCAAAGGAGAAGUCUCUGCAAUCCAUCCUGCCACCGAUGCUGCCUGAGGUGAGGGCAUUGCCCUCGUUACACAACAAUCUCCAAUGGGAAAUCCAAAUCACCCUGGGGUCUUGGAAAUUAUCACGAAGUGGGCCAGAAUGUGACACUUUUAGACUGUUUCUGGAAGAGGAAGAACAGUGGAUAUAUGGUGAGGAGGAGUGUGGAAGGGGCUAACAGCGGGCCUUUUAGCUGAAGGAGCGACAAGAAGCUGAGAAGCAAGAAGAAGCUGAUAUGCUCUCUCCAAGGCUAUAACAAAGGCCAGGAGAAGUGAGUGAGGAGUUAGUGGAAGAUAAGAAGAGAACUUUGCAGCUGGAUGAAGUAUUUUUAAAAAAGUUAGCUGAAGUCCCUGCAACUUUUCACCAAUGGUAUUACGUUGACUUUUUUGUGGCCAACAGUUAGGGUAGAAGUAUAAACAAUUCCAAAGUGUAUAAAAGGUCGGUCAUGUUUGAUACUAAAGUGUUGCUGUCUGAGACGGCUUGUCUCUGCUUUGUGUCGUGACCGCCUCAACAACGACAGA